ACCGGCGGAGCCGUGUGCCGCUGCCAAGAGCCACCGCGGCGCUCGGCGGGCGGGCUGAGCUCCUGCCCCGCAGGCACCUUUAGAGCGGCGGCAGCUCGGGAAGCUCAGUGCACUGAGGGGACCUUGGAGGCGACCCCGAGAUGAAUCUCCUCGCCCAGGUGAGCUCCCUCCUUCAGACCCUGCAAGCCCCGGACUGGCUGUUCCUCCAGCCCUGGCACUGGCUGGGCUCCUGGGUGAGCAGCUCCAGGCAGGGCACCAGUGGCCCUGAAACACAGCUGGGUCCCCAGGCAGUGACUGGGGCAGUGACCACGGCAGGGUUCUUCCUCUGCGAGGGGCUGCUGAGACAACAUUUCAACAUUGUCCCCAACGGGGUGGCUGAGCCCCAGCCUGGGGACCUCUUCCUCUUCCCGCUGGCCUCGGGAGGCCCUGGCUGGUGGGGGGCCCACGCUGGCAUCUACUGCGGUGAUGGGGAGAUCAUCCACCUGGAAGGCAGCUCAGGGAUGUCACCAUCAGGCGUCGUGGCCAAGCACGGCAAGAGCCACCUGCUGCGGACACGGGGCCGGGCCAGGGUGCUGCGCAGGAAGGGGGGGCUGGACGUGGCCGCCCUGCAGCGCCGGGUCCGGGCGGCCAUGGAGCAGCCCGUGGAGUAUGACACCCUCACCUGCAACUGCAUCCACUUUGCCCUCGCCCUCCUGGGGCUGGGCCACCUCGCUGGUGCCAUGGUGUCCCCAGCGCUGCAGUGAUGGAGGUGAUGGUGCUCCUGGGGAACAUGUGGGGCUGGAGCAUCCUCCCCUGGGCACCAGAACCGCACCAGUGAUUUGCCAAUCCUCCUGUGUGGCAAUAAACAGUUGCAUGGAAAGGAAA